GCAUGAGAAGCUUAGGGUCAUUUGGAGAAUUCUUUAGUUUCCCAAGGCAAUCCAACAUGCUCUCUUCUUCCCGUUCAAUCUUUAGUUCAGUUUAUUGUCCAGUUGCAGUGUCUGUACAAGAUAAAUGCACUGAAGGGCGACCUCUGUGAUUUUUUUCCAAUCCAAACUGCCCAUUAGAGUCUGGAUAAAAGACAUUCUUCAGUCACUUUGUUUUUCCUACAUGGAUAAUGAGUUAAAUAAUUUGAUGCAGUGAACAUAAUGUCAUCCACUACCAGGACUAUCUGAAGGACCUCACCAUCUCUAUGGAAUCCCUCUACCGCUUGGUCUCUGCCCUGGAUCUCUCCUCCAUGACAGUGGCAAACAAUUAUGAUUAUAUCUGCUCUUUGCCUCUGGAAUUGAACUCCUCUCCCCUGCAACAAAGAAACAGUUGAACAAAAACAACCGACUCAGUGACCACGUGUGACCAGUAUAUACCACAUUCUGCCCUAGUAGCAUCCUGCAAAUCUUGGCAAGGAGGAAGGAGUUGCUGGUGAGAAGAGGGUGCCAGCGAUGCCUGGAUCCCCCGUGGAAGUAAAAAUACAGUCCAGAUCAUCACCUCCCACCAUGCCUCCCCGGCCGCCCAUCAACGCUGGCGGGCCCCGCCCGGGCUCCUUCACCCCGACAGCAUUGUCCAAUGGGAUUAACCAUUCCCCACCCACCCUGAAUGGCGCUCCAUCCCCACCACAGAGAUUCAGCAAUGGCCCCGCGUCAUCCUCAUCCUCGUCACUCACCAAUCAGCAGCUUCCUGCUACCUGUGGGGCCCGACAGCUCAGCAAACUGAAGCGCUUCUUAACCACCCUCCAGCAGUUUGGUAAUGACAUUUCCCCUGAGAUUGGAGAGAAGGUUCGGACCCUCGUCCUGGCUCUGGUAAACUCCACGGUGACCAUUGAGGAAUUCCAUUGUAAGCUGCAAGAAGCCACCAACUUUCCUCUUCGUCCUUUUGUGAUUCCAUUCUUGAAGGCCAACCUUCCCCUGUUACAGAGGGAGCUGCUGCACUGUGCCCGGGCAGCCAAGCAGACCCCUUCUCAGUACCUGGCCCAGCAUGAACACCUUCUGCUCAACACAAAUACCACCUCCCCAGCUGAUUCUGCAGAGCUUCUCAUAGAAGUGCAUGGGAAUGGCAAGAGACACAGUCCUGACAGGAGAGAAGACGCCAGCUUUGAGCGAGACACAGUCCCCCCUGAACCUCCAGCCAAGAGAGUGUGUACCAUUAGCCCCGCUCCCCGGCACAGCCCUGCUCUCUCCCUGCCCCUCAUGAAUCCUGGUGGACAGUUCCAUCCCACCCCACCACCUCUGCAGCAUUAUACCUUGGAAGAUUUUGCCACUUCACACCUAUACAGAGACUCCACCAAGAUACUAGAACAUCGAGAAAUCCGUGGUGGCAGUGGCGGUGGAAGUAGUGGAGGCGGCGGCAGUGGUGGCGGCGGCAGCGGCGGUGACCGCCAUCAUGCGCUUGGCUUAAACGGAGGAUACCAGGAAGAGCUGGUGGACCACCGUUUGACAGAGAGAGAAUGGGCUGACGAGUGGAAACAUCUCGAUCACGCUCUGAAUUGCAUCAUGGAGAUGGUAGAGAAAACCCGACGUUCCAUGGCUGUCCUGCGGCGCUGCCAGGAAGCCGAUCGGGAAGAACUCAACUUUUGGAAGAGACGAUGCAGCGAGAACACAGAGACUAGGAAAGCUGGGAGUGAGCUCAUCUCCAGGCAGCACAGUCCAGGAAGCUCGGACUCACUCAGCAAUGAUUCCCAGCGUGAGUUCAGCAGUAGAUCAGGAACAGGCUAUGUCACUGAAGAGAUCUGGAAAAAAGCUGAAGAAGCUGUGAACGAGGUGAAGCGUCAGGCCAUGUCGGAAGUGCAGAAGGCCGUGGCGGAGGCUGAGCAGAAGGCCUUUGAGAUGAUUGCAUCGGAGAGGGCCCGCAUGGAGCAGACCAUUGCCGACGCCAAGCGCCAGGCCACGGAAGAUGCGUUCCUGGUCAUAAAUGAACAGGAAGAGUCCACCGAGAGCUGCUGGAACUGCGGACGCAAGGCCAGCGAGACCUGCAGCGGCUGCAACAUUGCUCGGUACUGUGGCUCCUUCUGCCAGCACAAGGACUGGGAGCGUCACCACCGCAUCUGCGGCCAGGGACCCCACAGCCAGAGCAAGCCGCUCCUCCCCCCCAGCGGCCGCGUCUCCGCCACCAAAGCCGCCGACGGGGGGCUGAGCCCGGCCCUGGACAAGACCUCGGCGGCCACCUCGCGGUCCUCGACCCCUGCCUCGGUGACCGCCAUCGACACCAACGGACUCUGAACGGCCACUCGCGGCUCCCCUGUGGUCACUUUUUUACCCCACAACUGGCCUUGGUGGCCCCCAGAAGGCAGCGGUUUCGGCUGAUAGAGGCUCCCUGAACCCUUGGCACCCCCCAUCUCAUCCAAGCGGGCAGCGGGGGCGGGGACAGCGACUUUCUCCGCCUGUCCGGAGCCCUGGGGAUGGCUGAUGGCUGCUCCCGAGGCUCCCGGGCCAGAGCCCGCCUUCCUCAGCCUCCCUCGCCAGCAAGGCGGUCAGCCGCACCUGGCGGUGGGGUUCAUGCCCACUUCCUGCCAGCUUCCCCGCCCCUGAGCGCCCCGGUUCCAAGCUUCCCUGCCUCCAGGCCCAGGAGCUCCCCUCGAGGCUGCGGAAGGGAGCCGGUUCUGCAAGAAGCCUCGAGCGGUUACCCUGGCCGCAUUUACUUCCAAGCCAUCUGGUGAUGGGGACCCGCUCCGGCCGCCAGCCUCAGCACAGCCUCCUCACCCCCGCCCAGGAGCCCCGGACCCCAAAAGCAGCUUAACUCAUUGAGCCACACUGUUGGGCGGGAGUCCAGAAUCCCAGGCCUGACGGACCUUCCACAAGGAGAAAAGCCACUGCCCUUUGCAUUCUCGACUGCUCCCAGAGCCCGGGGGAGGGUCAGCUCGGACUUGGAGGGGGGGAGGAGCUGAAUGUGCCAUGAAAUGCAUUUCUAGGAAGGGAUGUGCUAGUCAUCCCUGCCCCGUCCGAGCUGGAGCCUGCUUCUCCCUGGCUCCUGAGGUGCAGUUUGGGACCACAAGGAGGAUGGAUCCUGAUUGUUCUUUGUUUGGGGCUAUGCAGAGAACGUCUUAUCCACUGCAUGGAAGAGAAUGCCUUUUAUAUUUCUAUAGAAAUGGCUUUUUUUUUUUUAAAGUGAGCACAAGAGAGAGAAGAGAGAGAAAUUGAAUUUAUCAUUAGCCCGCUCUCUCCAAGCAUGUUGGCCAAAAUUAUGCCUAUCAACUUUAGGAACUGCAGACCCCAUGUCCCGCGCUCCAUGGAUUGGAAUAUUAACUGUGUUCCAAGUCGCACUUGUCCAGGUCCCCGAGUUCCUUCCUGACGUGCCUGUGAGUCCAGGAGUAGUCUCACCUCACGCAGAAUGUGAAACAAACCGGCUGGGAUUAAUGCGGCCUGGCCCAGGGUAGCUAUGGGACCUGCCCAGCCAGUCAAGCAAGGCCCUACGUUUGGGGGAGUUUUGGUUUUUGUUUUAUUGGUGUUAUUUUGGUUUUUGGUUUUUGUUUUGUAUAAAAGAAGCAUGUGCCACGUCCAAAAAGAUUUCUCCAGCUUCUGUGCUUUCAGAUACUUUAACAUCUAUCAUCUGUCUUGUUAACCAUCCACAGGCUACAUGGUGCUUUAUCAAACAGUCAGUCCAAUCCAGUGUGUUUACUAAUUGUUUCCUAGGUGCUAGGGUCUAGGACAACACAGACAAAAGGGGGGGAAAUGGUACUGGCCCUCGAGGGAUUUACAUCCUGCUAUUUAAAAGCGUUCUCCCUCCCAUCACUGCCCUGUUGAUGCAAGAAAUGAAAUAACAUUUCCUCUGAGCUCCUCCAUCCCUAGGAGAUUUGAGGAAAAUCUUAUGGAAAACAGAGAAAAGCACAUUGUUAAGAGCCAGCCUGCUACGGCUGCCUGGUUGGAGCUGGGACAGAGGGAAACGUCCUGGGUCCUACAAGCCUUUCCCCAUUUACAGAUCCCUGAGCCUUGUUUCUUGGGGUGGGCAUGCAGGGGCACACCGGCAUUACGGGUUCAGUAGAGGAGCACAUAGUGAGUAACCUAAGAGGGCCCACCGUACACAUCCUGUUUGCCGGACACAUCAGGCCAUUCAGCGCGAGCUACGGCAAGCAUCUAGUAGAUCAGAAGGGUCUCCUACCCAAAAGACAAAGAAGGUUCCAAAGAUUUGCUCCUCUCGCAGCGAGCAACCGAAGCCUGGACUGACAUCUCAGAAGAGUGAUACUUAAAACCCAAAGAGGAAUUGAUGACGGAGGAGGGAAAAAUUGUUUCACAUGAGGAGCCUCAUUGAGUUAGGUUUACCUCACUUUCAGAAAGCCCAGCAAUGAUCAGCCCAUCAGACUUAGAAAACAAAAAACUCACUUUCUGAAGGAAGUUGCUGCAGAGUAAUAGUAGUAUAUUUAAAGUUAUACUGGGUAAAGGAUUAGAGAAAGAGCAAGGAGGUAAAGUAUAGGGUAACAAGAUCGCUUCCACUCGCAAUCUCUGUAUUUUGCAGUGAACCCCAGGGCUGCUUGGCCAGGAAUUAGUGCCCGUUCCUAUGAGAGAGCUGGCAAUGCCAUUUGUAUUUCUCAGUGGAUUUCAGCCAAGCCAUCACAGGGUAUCCAUGGGAACUUAUAGAGAGACAGGGGCUAGGUAAUAAGAGAUAAGUUAAAUAGUCUCAGAAUUGGUUGAACAAUCGGACCCAGGAGCAAGAAUUAGUGGUUAAUGUUGAGUGGUGAGGGAAGAGACUCUAGUAAUGGCCACCAGACACUGUCUUUCUCAACUUUUUUAUCAAUGGCUUUGAUAAAGGCCCUGUUUAUCCAGUAGGAAGCCCCCCAAAACUGGGGGAGGGGUAGCUAAUGUGCAGGAUAAAUCCCUGUAUUGAACAUUUUUUCAGUAGGUUUCAAAAGGAUAGACUAACAGUUAAAAUUUAACAAGAAUCAGUGAAAAAUCUUGGAUAUUUAUAUUCACAUAAAUUCAGUGAAAAAUCAUGGAUAUUUAAAUUCAGAAAAUCCAUUACAUAAAUAGGGAAUUGUCUAAACCGACAGCCAUUUGGGUAACAAAAACCAAGAAGCUGUAGGAUGAACCAAGAGUGUGUGAUAAAGAAGCUUUCACAAUCCUGGGUUCCGUAUAUAGAAGUACAAUGCCCACAAUGAGGGCAAUGUUAUCCUCCGUCCUAGUCAGACCCUACGGGGAGUAUAUAGUUCCCUUUGGGAACAAACUAGCACGACUCAGAUGGUGAGAGCCCAUGAACAGGGAUGUGCAGCCUGGGGAAAGAGAAGGCUUUGGGUAGGAGUAGGAAGUAGCAGGGGAUUGAUGCUUUCUUUGGGCUGAGGAAGAGGGACUUCCACUUGGCCCCCAGGCCCGAAGGAGGAGGGGAGGUGGAAGUUCUAGGGAAGAACUCUUGAGUAGCGGUCCGAGAACGGAGCAAGCUGCCUUGUUUCGGGGGUGAGCUCCCAGCCGCUGGAAGUAUUUCAAGCUGGCUAGAUGACCUUCCAUCUGGAACGCCGUAGGAGGGGUUCCUGCACCAGGUCAGGGAUGACCUCUAAGGUUUGCUCUGAUUCAGUGAAAACAAAGACUUUACCCUAAAUGCCCAUUUCCAAAGAUGAGGAAACCAACGAGGUUGGGGGGAGGCAGGGAGGCUGCCCAGCGUGCUCCCCGUAGGCGGUGCUCCCGUUACUCCAGGAGGCCCUUGCUAGGCCCGCUCCUGCCCCGUGUGCCCUGUUGCUUUGCAAUGUAUUUCUCAAACCAAAUAGGUGUGCUUGUGUGUGUCUGUCCAUCUGUCUCUCCUUGGGUGAAAGCCCCAAACAGCUGUGGGAAACGUGGGAAGGCGAGGCAGGGGAGAGAAGCAGAGAGGGCCCGUGGGUCUCCUAGGGCCCCAGCCAAGCGCCUGCACCCGGCCUUCCAAGUUUCUGGGGAGGAAACCGGAGGGGUUCCGGGUCUCAGGCGGGAUGAGAAUGGAGAUGAGGGGUGCGUCAGCAGCCCCCCGGUGGGGGCCUUCAAAAAAGCUGAGCGGGAGAAAACCACAGGACUGAGGAGAGGACAGGGGGUGUUUUCUAUCUUCUUUGCCAUUUAACCCGAAUAGCAAUUUUUUUUUGUCGUUACUUAAUUCCAUGCAUAACUUAUUUAAUGUCUUGUAUAAAGGAACCAAAAUUGUUAAAUAUGUAUUUAGUUUGUUCUACUUUAAGUAGUCAAUAAAAGGCUAUAUUCCU